AUGGGAGAGUGUUCAGGGCAAGGUGGGACAAGAGCUCUCCAGAUCACCGAGGAUGUGGAGACUGGCUCACACAGUUGGCAAAAGAAGACAUUUUUCUUGGGAGAUGGGCAGAAGCGGAAGGACUGGCACGACAGGGAAGCCAUCAAGAGGGACGCUCAGCGUGUAGGAAAUGGAGAACAAGGGAGACCUUACCCGCUGACGGACGCUGAGCGAGUGGAUCAGGCAUACCGGGAAAAUGGAUUUAACAUCUACGUCAGUGAUAAAAUCUCCCUGAAUCGCUCUCUCCCUGAUAUCCGGCACCCAAACUGCAACAGCAAACGCUACCUGGAGACACUCCCCAACACAAGCAUCAUCAUCCCCUUCCACAACGAGGGCUGGUCCUCCCUCCUGCGCACCGUCCACAGCGUACUGACCCGCUCGCCCCCGGAGCUGGUCGCCGAGAUUGUGCUGGUCGAUGACUUCAGUGAUCGAGAGCACUUGAAGAAGCCACUUGAAGACUACAUGGCCCUUUUCCCCAGCGUGCGGAUUCUCCGAACCAAGAAACGGGAAGGGCUGAUAAGGACCCGGAUGCUGGGGGCCUCAGCGGCAACUGGGGAUGUCAUCACAUUCUUGGACUCACACUGUGAAGCCAAUGUCAACUGGCUUCCCCCCUUGCUAGACCGCAUUGCUCGAAACCGUAAGACCAUCGUGUGCCCCAUGAUCGAUGUGAUUGACCACGAUGACUUCCGGUAUGAGACACAGGCGGGGGACGCCAUGCGCGGUGCCUUCGACUGGGAGAUGUACUACAAGCGAAUCCCGAUCCCUCCAGAGCUGCAGAAGGCUGACUCCAGCGACCCCUUUGAGUCUCCCGUGAUGGCUGGUGGACUGUUCGCUGUGGAUCGGAAGUGGUUCUGGGAGCUGGGCGGGUAUGACCCUGGCUUGGAGAUCUGGGGAGGGGAGCAGUAUGAGAUCUCGUUCAAGGUGUGGAUGUGUGGAGGCCGCAUGGAGGACAUCCCCUGCUCCAGGGUGGGCCACAUCUACAGGAAGUAUGUGCCCUACAAGGUCCCAGCCGGAGUCAGCCUGGCCCGGAACCUUAAGCGAGUGGCGGAAGUGUGGAUGGACGAGUACGCAGAGUACAUCUACCAGCGCCGGCCAGAGUACCGCCACCUCUCUGCGGGCGACGUGGCAGCCCAGAAGAAGCUCCGCAGCUCCCUCAACUGUAAGAGUUUCAAGUGGUUCAUGACCAAGAUUGCCUGGGAUCUGCCCAAAUUCUACCCGCCGGUGGAGCCCCCGGCCGCAGCGUGGGGGGAGAUUCGCAAUGUGGGCACGGGGCUGUGUGCAGACACGAAGCAUGGGGCCCUGGGGUCCCCGCUGAGGCUGGAAGCCUGUGUCCGGGGCCGCGGGGAGGCUGCCUGGAACAACAUGCAGGUAUUCACCUUCACCUGGAGAGAGGACAUCCGGCCCGGAGACCCCCAGCACACCAAGAAGUUCUGCUUUGACGCCAUCUCCCACACCAGCCCGGUCACCCUCUACGACUGUCACAGCAUGAAGGGCAACCAGCUGUGGAAGUACCGCCAGGACAAGACCCUGUACCACCCCAUCAGUGGCAGUUGCAUGGACUGCAGUGAAAGUGACCACAGGAUCUUCAUGAACACCUGUGACCCCUCCUCUCUCACCCAGCAGUGGCUGUUUGAACACACCAACUCAACAGUCUUGGAGAAAUUCAAUAGCAACUGA